GAUAUAUAAAUAAUGGCCAAAUAUCUUCUGGAAAGCUGCUGCGCUUGUGGAUCUCUUCGAACUGGAACUAUUGUAUCUGGCAUAUCAGCAAUAAUACUUUCAAUCAUUGGAAUUAUAGUAGUUCUGGCAGUAAGAGUUGAACUCAUAACCUUGGUAUUUGAUUGGCUACCAAAAUGGAUAGUUCAAGUCAUAAUCAUCCUGAAUAUGAUAAUGACCAUAAUUCUAUCCUCAGUGAUGUUGAUCGGGGUCUUCAGGAGAAACUGGUAUUUGAUGAUUCCUUGGAUUGUUCUUGGAGGAAUGCUUUCUAUUGGUUUAUUAGUAUCAGUUCUAAUGACUAGCAUACACUUUUACAUUGACGGGGAUACUCUUAACGGAACUUUGUGGAUGGUUUUGGGACUGAUAUCGUUUGUUGUGUAUUGCUACAUGUGGUACGUGUCAUUCAGCUUCUUUGCCAACCUGAGGGAAGAAUCAGAAAGAGGAGCAUACUCCAAGGACCCUUUCAGAAGACAGCGCAUGUAGACCCUUAUAUUGACAUAUUUCGUGAAGUCUGGAUGUUUUUAUUUUUACACAUCUAACGCACAGAUGAAGAUGAUGAGUUCGUAGUGCACUGUGAUACAGCAAGCUGAGUAGAUUACCGUGUUGGAAAAUAGUUGAAAAAUUGGUGUUGUAUUAGUCGAAUGACUUUUCUUUUGAAUGAGAGUAACUUUGCUGUUCGUAUCUAGAUAUAUCGAAGUCGAAUAAAAUACUCGUUAUUAUAUGAUUUAGGUAUUAUGCAUUUUAACGUUGUAGAUGUAGUUGCAAUUAGAAAUAUGUUAUUUUCUUAA